CCCCAGGUUCUCAGAACUCCUCUUGCACCGUCCAGUUCUAAGUACUCCAGCUCUUACCCGUCUCAUACCAACAUGUUCGCCCGUCUCCCCGCCGCUUUGCUCUAUGUCUUCGUUGCCCUCACCGUUCUUGCGGCCGCCACUCCAGCCCCUCUUGAGGCUCGCGGCGGCGUGCCCCCUACACAGACGAUCACUGUGACUGCUCCGGGUCCGACUGUUACUGAAUCUCCUGGCCAGUGCAACACUGGUCCUAUCCAGUGCUGCAACUCGGUUCAAGCGGCCAGUUCCAACCCUAUAUCCGCCCUCCUGGGCUUGCUCGGAAUUGUUGUCACCGACCUUACUGCCCUCGUCGGUUUGGGCUGCUCGCCCAUCUCCGUCAUCGGCGUCGGCGGAGGAACCUGCAAUGCCAGCCCCGUCUGCUGCCAGAAUAACGCCGUCGGCGGCUUGAUCUCUAUUGGUUGCCUCCCCAUCAUCUUGUAGAUUGGUACGGCGUCCACACAGGCUGUGACAAAGGCAGGGUCGGGUUCUUACGACAUUGCUUCCAAUUUCAUCAGCUAGUGUAUGAUGAUCGGCUUGACGAACAAUGUUUCUGACAAGGUGGAUACUUACGAGUUUCGGGUUUUUUGAAUACGAUAUACGUUUGUGAUUCUGAACUCUGCUUCGUGAAAUAAGGUGGAGUGAGCCUC